GAGGGGGGGGGGUCACAUGGCCGCCGCCCUUCUCCGUCUGGAAACCCUGACUGAGGAACAUGAAUAGACUCUUAAUAACAUUAUUUAUACCAUAAGGGACGCGUCUCUCCUCUGACGCGCACGAGGCCGGCCGCGCGCGUGGGACAUAAAGAGCGCGCGCCGCAUGGAGACCUGCUGUUCACGCGCUACCUGUCCCACCGAGAGGCUCUGUCCGCGGGUCACUCACCGACCGACUCCCGUUGUGGUCCAGCCAUGAAGUCUCCUCUGGCUCCCGGCAUCAGGUUCACCACGUCCUUCUCCCGGGACAGUUGGUACCGAGGUUUCACUCUCGGCCUCACCUUCCUCUUCUACACGGCCUACCACCUUUCACGGAAGCCCAUCAGCAUUGUUAAGGGCGAGCUGCACAGGAACUGCUCCUCCGUGGUUCGGCCUGCAGACCUCAACGUCACCAACAAUGAGACCUGGUGUGACUGGGCUCCUUUUGACCAGGACAACUACCAGACCCUGUUCGGGGUCCUGGACAACUCCUUCCUGGUGGCCUACGCCAUCGGCAUGUUCUUCAGCGGGGUCUUCGGGGAGCGGCUGCCUCUGCGUUACUACCUGAGCUUCGGGAUGGUGAUGAGCGGCGUGUUCACGUGUCUGUUCGGCCUCGGCUUCUACCUGAACAUCCACUCGCUGGGGUACUACGCCGCCAUCCAGGUCCUGAACGGCCUCAUGCAGACCACCGGUUGGCCGGCUGUGGUGGCGUGCGUUGGCAACUGGUUUGGGAAGGGGAAGCGGGGGCUCAUCAUGGGCGUGUGGAACUCCCACACCUCCGUGGGGAACAUCCUGGGCUCCCUGAUCGCCGGAGCCUUCGUGUCCUCUCAGUGGGGGAUGUCCUUCAUCGUGCCCGGACUCAUCAUCGCCUCCACCGGCGUGCUGUGCUUCUUCUUCCUGGUGGAGAAACCUGAAGACGUCAACUGCUUUCCUCCUCAGCACCACAGUGAGACGGAGGGAGACGAGGCCGUCGCCGUCGGCAACGACUCGGCCCAAGUGGAGGGGAGCGCUUACGGCUCCAUCAGCGCCGACGUGGUGGAGGAGGUGGAGGAGCACAUGGAGGCCAUCAGCUUCAGCGGGGCGCUCAGGAUACCGGGAGUGUUGGAGUUCUCUCUCUGCCUGCUGUUCGCUAAGCUGGUGAGCUACACCUUCCUGUACUGGCUCCCCCUCUACAUCUCCAACGUCGCACAUUUUGACGCUAAAGAGGCCGGAGACAUGUCGACGCUGUUCGACGUGGGAGGAAUCGUGGGAGGCAUCACGGCCGGCUUGGUGUCUGACUACACGGGGGGCAGAGCCUCCACCUGCUGCGUGAUGCUGCUCACGGCGGCUCCCAUGCUCUACCUCUAUAACUACAUCGGACAGAGGAGCAUCGGCACCACCGUCGGGAUGCUGCUGCUGUGCGGAGGCCUGGUGAACGGACCCUACGCCCUCAUCACCACCGCUGUGUCCACGGACCUGGGAACACACGAGAGCCUGAGAGGGAACUCCAGGGCCUUGUCCACCGUCACUGCCAUCAUCGACGGGACCGGCUCCGUCGUUUCUGUCCAGGCUGGUGUACAAGGAGGUGUGUGGCUGGUGUCGACGUGUCCCCCGAUCCCGAGGGUUCAAAGAAAUCUGAAAAACUCACCAAAUCAAACUGGGAAGCAGACGGAAAGGAACCAGUGGAGCCCCCAGUGGCCGAUCGCAGCCACUACAACGACCAAUGAAGCCUUCUUAUUGUGAACGAGACCAAAAUAUGUCUUGAUGGAGGAAAGACUUUUUAAUGACGGAUCGACUCCUUCUAACUAGUUUUAAUACUCUUUUAUCAUUAAAGUGUACAUACUGGGUACAUGUUCUUAA